AUGUUGACACUGCCACUCGAGGAACCUCUCAUGAUGUGCGAGCCGCGGUUCGGGGCCAGUUAUCCCAGAGACAGUUUACCUGAGCGCCUGGAGCAGGAGCGCCAGCACAGCCUGGACAGGUCCAACUCCGCCAUGAGGGAGGCCGAGGACGACCUCUCCGACCGGGAGGACGACGAGAGGGAGGACGACGGGGACGAGGACGGGCUCCCUAAAAAGCGAGGCCCCCGGAAAAAGAAGGCCGGCAAGGAGCCAGGGGAAAGGGUCAAGCACCGGCGCCAUGAAGCCAACGCCCGGGAGCGCAGCAGGAUGCACGGCCUGAACGACGCGCUGGAGAGCCUGCGUAAAGUUGUGCCGUGCUACUCCAAAACUCAGAAACUGUCCAAGAUCGAGACCCUGAGACUGGCAAAGAACUACAUCUGGGCCCUGUCAGAGACUCUGAGCGCCGGCAAGAGACCGGACCUGCUCGCCUUCGUACAGACUUUGUGCAAAGGAUUAUCUCAGCCUACGACCAACUUGGUGGCCGGCUGUUUGCAGCUGAACGCGAGGAACUUCCUCACGGACCACAACGGAGAGGUCAUGUUCUCCAGCAGGUCGCCCUACGACGCCAUGUACCCGUACCCGGGCACAGACGUCGUGAGCACCCCCCCGGGCCACAGCGGCGGCAGCUUGGACAGCGGUGCCAAGACGUUCCGGCACUACAGCUACAGCGGCGCGUACGAGCACUACUACGAGAACCCGUCCCCGGAGAGCGGGAGCCCCCGGUUCGACGGCCAGCUGAGCCCCCCGAUGAACUUUAACGGGAUUUUCUCAAUGAAGAACGAGGAGCCGCCAGACUACAGCAAAGGAGGCCACUACGGAGUGCGCUACUGCGGCGCGCCAGGACGCACGGCUGCUCUUGCGCACAACUCCAUGUACCGCGUGUCCCCAGAGGCCCGGUUCCCCUACGACCUGCACGUCCGCAGCCAGUCCUUCCAAGCACAAGGGGAAGUCAAUGGCUCUUUCCACAAUUAA